AUGAGAUUCCAGAACUUACCAGAAUGCAUUAACAAUGAAACCUCACGAGCGGUCAGUCUCUGUCCGGUGUCCAGCUGUUGCUUGGUCCAUCUUGAGGACAUCUACCCUCUAACCAAUAUCAGGGGUACCGAUACUAGUCUUUCUGAUGAGCAAAAAUACUUCACCCAACAAACCAUCGUGUUCACUGAACACAUGAAGGGAGGUAACUCGGGCAGUGGAAGACAUCGAAGACGUGCACAAGAUGGCAGCGACAGGCAUUUAUCGACUGUCGUCAACUCGGACCAGAGGAGGAAGGCAAACAUUCGUGAGAGGCGCAGGAUGCAAAAUCUUAAUGAAGCGUUCAAUUCGCUGAGAAGGGUUCUGCCGACAUUUACGUACGAGAAACGUCUAUCGAGAAUUGAGACACUACGCUUAGCCGUUAUUUAUCUGGAUUUUCUUACCAAAUUCAUCAGUGGUAAAACGCCAUCCGACAUCCGUUUGGUCAAUUUUAGUACCUUCGGUGUCGCUCUGGAUAAGGGGAUAUAG